AUGCUAUUCAAACAAUGGAAUGAAUUAGUCGAACCAAGACAUCAAUUGGAUUCACCAGUGAUAUUGAAAAAUGAAGAAUCCCUACAGGAAUCACCAUUACCUCAAGUGGAGAUCCCAAGCACCGUCAAUUUCAGUGAUUAUAAAAAGAUUAUAUUGACUACAAAAGUAAUGAACCCAUUGUUCCCUAAAAAUUUGUUAAAAAUGGAAGAUUUAGGUAAUAUUGAAACUACAUUGCUGUUGACUGAAUCGAAAAUGACUGAUGAUGAACAAAACCACUAUUCUUGGGAUUUUAAUGAGAAUUUCCCCAAUGAAUUCAACCCAUCUAUGGAAAGUGCCACUGGUAAUAACAAUUUUUCAUUCAAAUUCCCAAUUUAUCGUAUAUCAUCUACAGAUACUUUGUUAAUUUCCAUCGAUGAGAAUUUUUUGAAAGUCUCACCCAUUUUCUUAAAUCUAAUAUCUAAAAAAUUGACCAGUUCAAUAAAUAAUGACAAAUCUUCAAUCUUAUUACUAGGUGCAUCGGAUAAAAUUAGUAAUAACAUAAAAACAGUCACAAAUAAAAAUUGCUCAAUAAAUCCACCUGAAUUUAUUACUGGUUUCAUUGGAUCUUUACUCUAUGAAUUAUUAGAAAUCGGAACGGACAAUUUUGAAUGCAUUAUUGUACCCAGUGAAGGUCCAAUUGGAUUUGAAAAACUGUCUCUAUCAACCAUGGAGGAACUAAUCAAUCAAUUUUUUCAUGAAUUAGGCAGUCAAAUGGAUUUUAAGACAUAUUACGAUGAAUGUCAUCGGAAUUGGAAAUUAGAAGGAUCCGCUACAAGUACACAGUCUGGCCUAUAUAUUUAA